CGCAGUUGGUGUUAGUUGCUGUACCGGCGUGGCUGAGGGAGCCGGUUGCCGCCAUGGCUCGAAACGCGGAAAAGGCCAUGACGGCCUUGGCAAGAUUUCGGCAAGCUCAGCUUGAGGAAGGAAAAGUGAAGGAACGAAGACCUUUCCUUGCAUCAGAGUGUAAUGAAUUGCCUAAAGCUGAGAAAUGGAGGCGACAGAUCAUUGGAGAAAUUUCCAAGAAAGUGGCACAGAUUCAAAAUGCUGGAUUAGGUGAAUUCAGAAUUCGAGACCUGAACGAUGAAAUAAACAAGCUUCUGAGGGAGAAAGGACACUGGGAAUUUAGAAUAAAGGAGCUAGGAGGUCCUGAUUAUGCUCGGAUUGGACCAAAAAUGUUAGAUCAUGAAGGGAAGGAGGUUCCAGGAAACAGAGGUUACAAAUAUUUUGGAGCUGCAAAGGAUUUACCAGGAGUUAGAGAACUUUUUGAAAAGGAACCCCUCCCACCACCUCGGAAAACUCGAGCUGAGCUUAUGAAAGCCAUUGAUGCAGAAUACUAUGGCUACAGGGAUGAAGAUGAUGGUAUUCUGGAGCCACUGGAACAAGAACACGAAAAGAAAGUUAUAGCAGAAGCAGUGGAAAAAUGGAAAAUGGAGAGAGAAGCACGACUUGCCAGAGGUGAGGAGGAAGAGGAGGAGGAAGUAAAUAUCUAUGCUGUCAACGAUGAUGAGUCCGAUGAGGAAGGUGGCAAGGAAAAAGAAGGUGAAGAAGGCCAACAGAAAUUUAUUGCACAUGUUCCAGUGCCAUCUCAACAGGAGAUUGAGGAAGCUCUUGUACGGAGAAAGAAGAUGGAGCUGCUUCAGAAAUAUGCCAGUGAAACCCUCAUGGCACAGAGUGAAGAAGCAAAAACACUUCUAGGAUUGUAACCUUGCACCAGUAUGGCCUGGGUUUUGUAUAACCCAUCUACAGGCUCGUAUAUUCUGGUAGCAGUCGCUUAUAGCUUUAAAAGCCCCUUUGAAUGUUAAGAGUAAGCUGAUGAGUUUACAGUGUGUUCUGCAGAAGGAAGAACCAUCAUUUUGGUUUAUCCACUAGGAUGACUUGCAUUUCAGUGUUGAAAAAGAUCAAACCUAGGUAAACUUGUCUCUUACAUCUUCAGUAACUGUCUUCAAUCCUUUCACUCUGUAAAACAGUCAGUGCAGUGGUGCCUCUUAUGGGUAGAGCCACAAACCCAGUGACUCCUUAAAUCCUGAAGGAAAACCGACUGAUGUUACCGCCCUUCCGUCUGCCGUAUCCUGACUGUAAGUGUACACAUCUUUCUCAUGUUGAUUUUUGCUGAGGUGAGUCCAGAAGUAACUUACAGUAUUGUGCCUGGUUAGUUUACCAGAAUAACCUAGAACCUGUUUAGAGGUGCCUUGAUGGCAGAUCUUAGGAGUGACUUCGAAAUUGGCUCGGUCCUUUGUGUAACACAUGCAGUAUGUCUAAAAGCUAUUACCCUUUUUGUGGUUUGUAACCGUGCCUGGGUGAAUUGCUUAAAUGCUGGAUAUUUCAGCAACUAUUGUAAAUACUUCCAACUUUGCAAUACCUUGUUCAAAUAUUUGUAGUAAAACUUAUUUACAACCUGA